CCCCUUCGUCAUUGUCAUCUAAAUUCAAAUGCAGCGAACGCCUUCUUCUUGUUUUUCUUUUUUGACCUGAACUCUUCAAAUGCAGCGAUCGCCUUCUUCAACCUUGGAACUCUUCAUCUCUGAACAACCGAAACAACCCAAGGGACUCAUUUCUCCAAAAGUUCAGAUCUUUACGAGUUUUCUGCAAAAUGAGAGACUUGGUCUCUUGUUUCAGCGAGAACGCAGUUGGUGUAUCUCAUUCUUCAUGUUCUAGCUAUUCCAAAAAUGCUUGCAUCUCGCCCACUCUCUCACCUUCAACCCAAAAUUCAGUCUCCUGCGUCUACAAAAUCGUCCUCUCUACGCAGAAGCAGCUGAUAAUCACAGUCACAUGGUGUAGAACCCACUCGAAUCAAGGAUUUAGCUUGAGCUUCGGAGAUGAGGACCCUACAAUUGCAGCUGCAGCAUUCAGACUCAACACAAAUUCACGAUUCUUCAGGAAGAAGAAAGGAAGCAAGUUUCUCGAAUCUGACGACUCAAAGAUCGAAAUCAUAUGGGAUCUUUCAAAUGCUAAAUACGAAUCUGGCCCCGAACCCGUUGAUGGGUACUCUAUUCUAGUCCUCAUAGAUUCGGAAAUUGGCCUACUUCUCGGGGAUGUGCGAGAAGAAACAGUGACAAAGAAGCUCAAAGCCAAUCCCUCAAUAGCUAAAGUCUCCCUAAUCUCUCGGCGAGAACAUUGUUCUGGAAAUACCCUUUACACGACGAAGGCGCGGUUCUGCGACACAGGGUCUUGGCACGACAUUUUGAUCAAGUGCAGCGGAGAAAACGAUGGAUUGAAGUUUCCAGUAUUGUCAGUCUGUAUAGAUAAGAAGACUGUGAUUCGAGUGAAGAGGCUGCAAUGGAAUUUCAGGGGGAACCAGACGAUCUUCGUCGAUGGGUUGCUUGUGGAUCUGCUAUGGGAUGUUCAUGACUGGUUUUUCAAUCCUGUUUCUGGGCUUGCGGUGUUCAUGUUCAGAACUAGAAGUGGAAUGGACAGCAGAUUGUGGUUAGAAGAGAAGAUGGCACGGAAGGAGAAAGAUGGAGUGGAAUUCUCCUUGUUGAUCUAUGCCUGUAAGAGCACAUAAUGGUAACUUCAAACUUGUAAUCAUCAUUUACUUCUUUUUAACUCUCUUCAAUUUCUCAUUCUUUCUGAUUUCUCUCGUCUGGCUUUUUUUCCUUGCCAAAUCUCUCGUCUGGCUUUUUCCUGAGGCAUACUUGUUCACUUUUACACAAAUGAUAGGAUCAACGUAGUUUAGAGUGGCAAAUAUUAGAUUUAUCUCAAACCAGUGGGUUUUUUUUUUUUUUGUGGAGUCAUGUGUUGCCAUGUUCUUCUUGUAACCAGAAUGGUACUGAACCAAAAAAAAAAAAAAGAGUUUCUUGCAACCGGGGAAGGAUUUCGAUCAUGCAAGUAUGUAU